AUGGUAAGCGCAAUGGAUGAGCAGUUAGCGGAUUGUCGUGAGGUAUUCUGCUACUUUGAUAGCAGAGGAGACGAGAAAAUCAGCGUUCAGCAAGUUGGUGAUGUUCUUCGUGCCCUUGGACAAAAUCCAACUGAGGCGGAAAUUGGACGGUGCUGUGCUGCUUAUGAGAAGGAGGCACGUCUUUCGUUUGAGGAUUUCGUUCCGAUAUUUCAGUCGGUCAGCAAGAAUCGGGAAAAGCAUAGUGUUGAAGAGUUUGUCGAAGGUCUUUCUCAUUUCGAUAAAGAAGGAAACGGACUCAUUAACGUCGCAGAACUACGUCAUCUACUGACGACUUUAGGUGAGCGUUUGUCGGAUGAAGAGGUUGAUCAGCUUUUGGCUGGACAUAACGAUUCUCAUGGGAACGUUAACAUCGCCGACUUUGUUCGUAAUGUGAUGAACUCUUAA